GUGCUGUCCAUCUUUGCCUUUGCCACCACAACCAGCCAUGAGACGUCGACCACCUUUAACAUUAACUGCACAGCAGUGCCCCACCAUGAGGUGGCAGGAGAGAAGUCUGUCACCUUUACCUACAGUUACUCCUAUGACUUGGAGGAUGUGUGCUUCCGUACGCCCAUAUGCAACAAUACGAAGACCGGUGAGAUGUGCCUGCUGUCUGGCUCAGAGUCCUCAGCCCAGUUUUACGUAUUCGUUGGCGUCAUUGUCUUCUUGUACUGCCUGGCUGCUCUGGUCCUCUACAUCUUCUUUGACGAGCUGUACCGCCGCAACACCAGGAUUGUCAUAGUGGAUUUUGUGGUGUCUGUGGUGCUGACCCUGCUGUGGAUCAUUGGCUCCUCCGCCUGGGCCUCGGGCGUCUCUGACGUGAAGAUGUACACGGAUCCUGACGAGGGCAGCAUCUUUGACAACCUGGCCGAAUGCAAGAAUGCUAAUGCCAACUGUCGCACCGUGAAUGAUGGCAACUUUGCUAGCCUUAAUGUCUCCAUUAUCUUCGGUUUCCUGAACUUUGUGGUGUGGGUGGGAAACCUAUGGUUCCUGUACAAGGAGACUCCCUGGUUCAAAGUGCAAGCCAGGCCUCCCAGCACUCCAGCUCCGGAUGUGUCGGUCAUUCCAAACUCUAUCCCUGCCCCAGGUGCAGAAGGUGGGGCUGCCCCUUGAACGCUGGCAAUCUCUGAGUUUGUGUUGUAGCCAUACCCACCGAGGCCUGCAGGGGCCAUGUCACCAUACAUCAGGGGAUUGAGCUACACAUCCGACUCGACAGUUUCUGUCUUAUUGGGGUUAUUUUCCGUUGAAUACACAUCUCUUAUGUGUGCUCUUUUUUAUUGUGAUUGUCACUGUGUUGUUGUAGCAAGUUUGUCUUGAAAGUGUUGACUCUUAUUGUUGUGAUUCUGUUCCUUUGUUUCUUUUUUUUUUCUUGCUAAGUGUUGUACGUUGUUUGAUUUUGUGUGUUCUUUUGAGUUAGAUUUUUUCCUUUUAUUUUCUUCUUCUUUUUUUUUCAUUUUAGUUCCUGCAUGUUGACACUCUCACAAGUUGAUGUGGAUUAUACACAUUUGAAGUUUUUGUCAAUCAUCAAGUUACACUACCUUUCCCUGUCACAUAAAUGUGAACAGAAUAUGAAUGGGAUGUAGACUAAUUACGUAUAACAGAUAUGAUUUGUAUUUAUAAUAUUUUUUAGUUAUGUAGUUUAAGGGAGUUCUUUUUCUUGAUGCACUAAAUGAUAUAUGUACGUCAGUUUGCUUUUAACAUAUUGCAUAAUCAAAGGUAUACAUAACAAUAUUUGAUAUUCAGGUUUUGAAUUCGGUUUUGCAGAGAAAUAUUUGAGUUUGGUGCGUGACAAGGAAUGCAUUUUUUCUGGAAUAAGGGAAAGCAUAGGACGUCAUGCAUAACAUUCAAGGAAAUUGACAUGAAUGAUUCUGGUUACUGGUUUGAGGUUUGAGGACUGUGCGUGUACUAUUUAGCUUCUCCACCAUAAAGCUGUCAUUGUAGACACAGUGUGUAGAUUUAGAUAGCCAGAAUCAAAUGAUCAAAUGAUUAAUGAAUGGGUCACUUUAAUCCAUGGAUUGAUGUGUGAUAUUGUUUCUGUAAACAGAAAGCUCAAAUGCUCUUAGAUAAUAGUGCUUAAAUGGUGUAUUAAUUAUAUUUGAACAAUUGGAUUCAAUUAUGUAUCACUGUAUAACAUUCCUGUCUGUAUGAAUGAAUGAGUCUGAUGGGGUGUAAGUUUCAGAGAAUGAUGUGCAAAUCCCUGAUCAUCUGCAACUAUUUCUUAAUGAGUGCUACACACUGCACAGCUAUUGAUUUUUAACAUUUUAAGGCUUUUAAAUCAAAGAAAUUUCAAUUCUAGGUCCAUGAGAAAUUCAAGCUGUAAGUGUAAUUAAAUUUACUGUAUAUUUGUCCAUUGGAAGGUGAUGUUUGGCAUAAAAAAUUCUUUGUGUUUCAGGUCUCCCCCCCACCGUUUUAUAAUACUUCUCAGUUGUCGCAUUUGCAUAGAGUAGAUACGAGGCAGGGUGGAAAAAUAUAUAAACAUUUAAUAUGUAUGUUCAAUUGUGACAAAAAGAAAAGAAAUCCAUCUUUUAUUAAUUAUUGCAAUAUGAAAAUGGAGAUCAAGGCUGUCUUUUGAUUUGAGCUUCUGUUUUCUUUUGCUUAGUUCAGUAGUCUCUACCUAAACAGUGUUCGGGAGGGCUCCAAACUGUGCGUUUACAUGAACCUGUGCCAAGGGGGAAAGGGAUGCAACUACCUUAUUUCCUCAGUCUUCAUUGGGAGGCCGCUUACACCAAUAAUGCGAAGAAACAUGAGUGUUUUAUAAAGGAUUCCUCGAUCGCGGUUAUGACUACAAAAGACAUUGAAUGAGAGCUGGGGAAAAAGAAAGCAGAAAGAUCUACCUGCUGCACUGAUGUGCACUAAUGUCCAGAACAGAAAAGAAGAAACUUGGUAAUAGUCUUUUACUACAAUUCGGUAAAUGCAUGGAUGAAAUCAGGCAUUCUGAGACUUUUCUCUAGUGACUCAUUUAACAAGUACGUUAUAAGUUAUUCAAGCGCAGCUGAUUACUCAACUAGUCUAUUAUCCUAUAGGCAUAUUAGUUACCUACAGCCUUCAUGUGUGUUGUGCAUCAAAUUCAUAGGCUUACCUAAACAUUACACUCACCCAAACACCACUGAGAAACUUCUCUAAGUAGUACUCAAGAGUCAAAGUCGAAGACACAUUUCUAGUGACCAAUCAAAAGACAUUUCAGUCACCCCUCCGAACACAUCGCUCGCCCAGUACCUAUGUGACUAUGUGUGGUGGGUUAACGCUGGCCAUCACUUUCUUUGUUCUGCAUGAGGGGCAGUCUCGCCAAAUAUCCAGUUGUCUAGACAUACCUUAUUCAGCUGUGUAGGUGUUGUAGUGAAAAUAUCCCUUUGUCGAGCUUUACCUGUCGCCAUGUUUUGCUGAUGGAAGUAUGCGUUUAGAAAAAAGGACCGUGUGUUUUUACAUAUAUCUAAACAUAAUGAAAUCGAAGAAACAGGCAUUUUUUCCUCCAGUUUGGCAAUCUUUAUUGAAUUUUGGUUUUUUUUGGCUCAUCACGUUUCAUGUCUGCUCAAAAACGCAUUUCCAUGUGAAUUUUACUGAAAAAUAUUGGUCAAUGGCACAAAAUAUGUAAAUUUUCAGUUUUCAAGGACUCUCAAGCUAUAGAAAUGACCAAACUUUGGUGGCCAUUUUAUCGGUAAUUUUACCUCUGAAACUAGGCUAUCCCCACCACUUUCAGUCGCAAGUAUCUCAACUUCUAUUCAAGAUAAAUGAUACUUUUUAUUAUAGAAAGCAAAGCAAAUGAUUAAGCUUUCAGAUAAGACUAAUAACUCCACAUGCUAAAACAUUGAUGAGUGCCUGAUUCCACCACGUUGUGGCACAUAUUACAGUGUAGUAAAAAAACAACCCAAUAUGUUCGAGCUGAGUGUGCGUUUAAUUGGAGACUACUGCACUAACAGAAUAGCCAUAGAAUGUGACAGGUCUUUUUAACAAAUUCUAAUGAAAAAUAAACCUGCAUCUAUUUAUGCUGUAUAUUGGUGAUAUAAUAAAUUGAUUGGCUAUUGUCAUUUUACUACAAUGUCGAAGUUUGCUUAAUGAGGCAUCUUUUCCUUUUGUCUAUUCGUUGCAAUGCUUUCUGUUCACACCAGAAGUGUUUGGUAAUGGAGUGACUGUGUCGUCAUCACCCAGUUUGUCAAGGAGGUAGCUGGUCCACUUUUACGCUAAUUAUUCUGCUUUAUUGUUAUUAUUAUUACAUUGUGUUGUUAUUAUAUUUAUUUAUUUUUAUAUCUUAUGUGUGUUGCGGUUGUACAUGAUUUCUAUAGUCACAGACAUAAUUCUGCCAUGAUUACCUUGAUGAUUAGUGUUUAUUUAAGUUUUACUUUGAAAUGGUGUUUUUUCUAGGGGUGUUUUUGUAGUUUGGCAGUUCUUGAGUUGAAGUGUUGAUGGUGUUUUAAAGUCCGCAAAUUAAGUUUUGUACACAUUCUGAACUUGACUGUAUGUGGACAUGUAGUUGGACAGCACUGUGGCCAAGUUGGAAGUCGGAAAAAGUCUGUCAUCGUUUAUGUGAGGGUAAAAACUGACGUAAAGUUAUGUGAUGAUCAGGUGUACUGAACAACUGUUGAAGUUUGAAUUUUUUAAAAAGAGUAUAGUAAAACUCAUUGAUAGAAGUUUCUACUCUUUCACAAGUCAAAAUACUAAACCACACAAUGAAAUGUAGAAGUUGUCCAUUGAGUCAGCAAAUGUAAUUUAUAUUAUUUCAUCUGCUUAGAUUUUAAACAUUAUUUUCUGGUAAGACUGGUGUUUGUGUAUGUCUUGGUAUAUAUAUAUGUGGGGCCCUUUGAUUUUUUUAUCAAUAAACUUUUUAUUUUCACUUCAAUUUGAUUUAAUCAUGCAAAUAACAUUCAUAAUUUUCCAUUAGCUCUAGUGUUAAUCAUAAUCAUACUCUGUAAUCACCAUUUAGCUUGAAAGCUUUUGUCAAUAUUUUCUUCUUUUUUUUUUUUUAGCAAAAUACUAAUCUGAAUAAAAUGAUUUCUGUGCCUA